AUGGCUAUUGGAGCAUCUGAGCCAAUCGAAACUCGAUUAUUUAUUAACAACGAAUUCCGCAAUUCUUCAAGUAACAAGACCUUCGAGGUCAUCUAUCCCUACACGAAAGAGGUUGUGGCAACUGUCCAGGAAGCAGACAUUCAGGAUGUCAACGACGCCGUCGCUGCCGCCAAUGCAGCCUUCCCCGCAUGGCGGGACCUGGGUGUCGAGGAGCGUGGCAAAUACCUCCACAAGAUGUCCCAGCUCUUCCUUGAGUCCCAGGAUGAGCUGGCUCGUCUAGAGACGCUGUGCACAGGCCGCCCAAUCUCGAUUUUCGUUGAUGCGAAAAUGUCCGCGGACCUAUUCCGGCACUUCGCAGACGGUGCAUGGAAUGCACAGGGAACUGCGAGUACCCAUACUCCUGGGAUGCUGAGCAUGACGAUCAAAGAGCCAUAUGGAGUAGCGGCGUUAAUUAUUCCUUGGAACUUCCCGCUCGUCAUGUUUAGCAUGAAGAUGGCUGCUGCGUUAUCGGCUGGAAACACAGUGGUAUUGAAAAGCAGUGAGAAGGCGCCGUUGACUUCUUUAUUUGCCGCCAAGCUCUUCCAAAAGGCCGGUUUCCCGCCCGGCGUCGUCAAUAUCAUCUCUGGACACGGCACCCCAGCGGGCUCCGCCCUAGCCGAACACAUGGACGUCCGUUGCAUCAGCUUCACCGGCUCAUCACUCACUGGCCAGAAGAUCCAAGCCGCCGCCGCCAAGUCCAACCUGAAACAUGUGCACAUGGAACUGGGCGGCAAGUCGCCGGCCGUCAUCUUCGAAGACGCAGACCUCGAGGCCGCCGCUGCACAGACCCAAUUCAGCAUCCAGUUCAACAGCGGGCAAGUAUGCGUGGCUAACUCGCGAAUCUAUGUGCAGGAGAAUGUCGCCGAUAAAUUCAUCAAGCUGUUCCGCGCCAUGUUCUCCGCUGUCAAGCCUGGCGACCCGCUUGAUCCGACGACAACCCACGGGCCGCAGAUCGAUGCGCUUCAGUACAAGCGCGUGAAGGAGUACCUGGAUAUCGGGGCGGCAGACGGGUCACUAACAGCGGGUGGUGACGCCAAUGAUGGCUUCUUCAUCAAGCCGACUAUUCUUGAAAAUGUGCCCGAGGAAUCGCGAGUGAUGCGUGAGGAAAUCUUCGGUCCGGUUGUGGCUAUCAACACCUUCAAGACUGAGGAGGAGGCUGUUCAGAAAGCAAAUAACACCGAGUUCGGCCUGUACGCCUCAGUCUUUACGAAUAAUCUGGACCGUGCUGUGCGCAUGUCCAAGGCUCUGCAGGCUGGCACUGUCGGAGUCAACUGCACGAGCCCGACGACCGCACUAGAUGCCGCCUUUGGUGGGUACAAGAUGAGUGGUACGGGCCGGGAGGGAAUUUUGUACAGUGUCGAUAAUUUCCUGCAGACCAAGACGAUCUUAAUUAAGGCUGGUGCAUCCAUUGUGUGA